AUGCGGCAGUUUGAUAUCGGGGCCAUGGACUUCGUCUCCGCCGCCACAGCCGCGAUCGCGACAGACGCCGCUCACCGCGCUGCCGUUCGCAGCGCUGUGCGGCUUUCGAUGCUCCGCGAGCGGCUCGUGCCACCCCUCGACGAAUGGGUUGGCCUGGUGCCGCGGCUGCAAGACGAGCUGACGGAGCUCGAGGAAGCUGGCGGCAGCGCUCCGGGCCGGGAUCUUCUCCACCGCCUUCGUGACGCCUGGUACGAGGCCGAGGACGCACUCGACAAGCUGCUCGAGCAGAGGCCGACGAGGGUCCGCGCGGGCCGACCGCAGCCCCCACCAGUACCGCAAGCGCAGCUCGCGGCUGCCACCCGUGCAGUGCAGCAGUCGGAGCGCAGCCUCCGCGCCGAACGAGCUCGCCUCUCCGGCAUUGCAGCGUCGCACUUUCCGGAGCUUGCCGUCAAGGAGCCGCUGCUGCAGCUUGGCGCUGCUGAGGGAGAGCUCUUCCAGCGGGGCGGCCUGCUCGUGGAGCGCAGCCUCGAGCAGUAUAGCGGGCCUGGCGGCGCGAGCUCACUCGAGGUACUGGCGGACCUGCUCUCUGCGCGCCACCGCGUGCUACGCGGCGAGUUUGGGCUCGACGCCCACGGCCGCGGCGUGCCGUGCGUGCUCAAGGAGUACGUGCUCGACGGAGAGGGAGUGGAGUGGGGGAAGCUGGUGCGAGAGGUGUCGGUGCUCGCCAAGCUGUCCGACUCGCCGCGGUUCGUCGAGGUGCAGGCCGUCUUCCAGCAGGCCCGCGCGGGGCAGAACCUGGCAUACCUGCAGCUUCCCUACUUUGAGAAGCGGGACGUGUGCCACUGGCUGGAGAGCGACCCGCCGCCGUCGACCGACGAGCGGCGCAAGAUGCUGCGGCAGCUCGCCGAGGCGCUGCAGCACCUGCACUCGCACGGCUACGCGCACGGGGACGUCAAGCUAGAGAAUGUGCUCAUGUCGAUUCAAGCCACCGCGCACUUGGCGGACUUUGAGAGCGUGCGAGAGGAGCCCGCGCCGAGCGCUGUGCGCAGCGCGAGCCGCAGCGCCGGCGGGGGCGUGCGCACGAUGCGGUACGUUGCGCCCGAGCGGCGCUCGGGGCUGCCUGGGAUGAGCAAACCUUCUGCGGCGAGCGACAUGUACGCGUACGGCGUCUGCGCUCUUCUCGCGUGCUGCGAUGGCGAGGGAGAGGGCGAGGUUGUCUUUGACGCAGCCGAGCAGCUGCGCGGGUGGAGUCGCGACGCCGCAAGCAGCGCGGGCGGACCGCACCUGCCUGCACUGCUCGACGCACUACUGGACCUUGAGCAACCGGCGGCGACGAGUGUGAUGGACGCGCUGGCUCGACGGCUGAGCGCAAAGCAGGUCUUGCUGCACCCCUUUCUCGACACGAGCGAGGAGAUCCGGCUGGCGCGCCUCGAGUCUGAAAUGGCCGCCGCCGCAAUGUCGCUGGCUGGAAGGGAGGAGGCGGCCGCUCGACAGCGGCGAGAGGCGGAGGAGAGGAGGCUGGAGUGGGAGGCGGCGGAGCGAGAGAGGGACAUGGCGCAGCGGGCGGAGGAGCAGCAGAAGGCCCUCGAGCAGCAGCUGGUAGAGCUUCAACGGCGGGAGGCGGAGCAGCUGGUAGAGGCGGCGCACGUGCAGGAGCAGAGGCAAGAGCUUCAGCGGAAGGAGGAGCAGGUCAGCGAGGCUCUGACGCAGCAACGCCGAUCGGCCAGCGAGAUUGCAGCCGGCCGCGAGCAGGUUGCGCGGCUGCAAGAGGAGGCUCGGCGCGAGCGCGCUGCGGUGGAGGCGGAGGAGCGACGAGUGGCCACAAGCCGGGCGCAGCUCGAGCGGCGGCGCCAACAGAUCGUCGCCGAGGAGGUGGCUGCACGCUCACUCACCCUGUGGGGGGCGUACUCGGGCGAGGUGCACACAGAAAACGCGGUGCGCGCCUUCUUCGCCCGGCGCCAGCGCGACAGCCAAGGUGGGCCGCAGCUGCGCGUGAGCAACGUGGUGAAGGUGGAGAAUGCGCAGACCCUCUCCAACUUCCACUCCAGCGGCAGCUUCUACAUCGACCCCGCCGAGGCUUUCCGGAGGAAGGGCGACACGCUCCUCUUCCACGGCCUCCCGCAGGAGGCGGCCACGAACGUCCAGGCGACCGGCCUGCUGCUCAGCUUUGCGGCGAAUGGCAUGCUCGGCCGCGGGCUGUACGGCGCGCCGGACCCGCGCAAGUCGCUCCAGUACUGCCGCUCGGCCAAUAAGUUCAUGUUUAUCUGCCGGUACAACCUCGCCAGCCCCGCGCGGCACGCGGGCCCUAGCACGCAGCACCGCAAUAGCAUCUUCGACGAGUUUUGCGUGCAUGACGAGCGGCGUGUGGUGGUGCUGUGGAUGCUGAAGCUCGAGUAG